AUGACUAAUCGUAAAGAUUAUGAAAUCCCAAUUACCGACGAAAAUGACGUUUUGCAGAUCACAGCUUUGGGUGCUGGAAACGAAGUUGGAAGAUCUUGCCUAGUGAUUCAAUACAAAGGCAAGAUAAUAAUGCUUGACGCGGGUGUCCAUCCUGCAUAUAAUGGCCUUGCGGCCCUUCCAUUUUAUGAUGAGAUUGAUCCUGCAACAGUUGAUGUGUUGCUUAUUAGUCAUUUUCAUUUGGAUCAUGCUGCUUCUUUACCAUAUUUUUUAGAAAAGACAACGUUUGAGGGACGCGUGUUUAUGACUCAUCCAACAAAAGCAAUUUACAAGUGGUUAUUGUCUGAUUUUGUGAGAGUUAGCAAUGUGGCAUUGGAUGAAAUGCUCUAUGAAGAACAAGAUCUUUUGCAUAGUUAUGACAAAAUUGAAGCUGUUGACUAUCAUCAAGAGGUCGAAGUUGAGGGGAUAAAGUUCACAAGCUAUAAUGCUGGUCAUGUUUUAGGUGCUGCUAUGUUUCUGAUCGAGAUUGCUGGAGUCAAGGCAAAUUAUUCGAGAGAGGAGGAUAGACAUCUAAUGGCUGCAGAACUGCCUCCUGCACAGCCAGACGUAUUGAUUACAGAAUCUACUUAUGGUGUUCAAAACCACGAACCGCGUCUCGAAAAGUAUAAAGUGUUUAAAUAUCAUGAGGCGCGAUUCACUGGAUUGGUUCAUGAUAUAGUUCAGCGCGGCGGUCGUUGUCUUAUGCCUGUUUUCGCGCUGGGACGUGCUCAAGAGUUACUCUUGAUUCUUGAUGAAUAUUGGGAAGCACAUCCAGAAUUGGAAUCCGUUCCCAUUUAUUACGCAUCUUCUUUAGCCAAAAAAUGUAUGGCAGUUUAUCAGACAUAUAUAAACAUGAUGAAUGCCAAAAUCAGGAAACAAUUUGCCAUAUCCAAUCCUUUUGUAUUUAAACAUAUAUCAAAUUUGAAGAAUAUGGACAACUUUGAUGAUGUAGGGCCUUGCGUAAUGAUGGCCAGUCCUGGUAUGUUACAAAGUGGAUUAUCACGUGAAUUGUUUGAAAGAUGGUGUCCCGAUAAAAGAAAUGGUCUGGUUAUCACUGGGUAUUGUGUUGAUGGGACCAUGGCGCGGCACGCGAUGACAGAACCACCUGAAAUAACAACAUUGUCAGGUGCUAAAAUUCCAUUAAAUAUGUCUGUUGAUUACAUAUCUUUUUCGGCUCAUGUUGAUUAUAUACAAAACAGUAAAUUCAUUGAUGAGAUUAAAGCCCCUCAUGUGGUUCUUGUUCAUGGAGAAUCUAAUUCAAUGGCUAGAUUGAAAGCUGCUUUACAAAGCAAGUAUACUGAACGAGAAGAAAAUAUUAAAAUUUAUUCUCCAAAGAAUUGUGAAACUGUCAAGUUAUAUUUCAGGGGAGAAAAAUUGGCAAAGGCUAUAGGUCGCUUGGCAGCAAGAUAUCCUAGUGAAAAUCAACUUGUAUCUGGAAUUAUUGUAUCUAAAGAUUUUCAAUUCAACAUUAUGGAUCCUAAUGAUCUUAAAGAUUUUAGUGGGAUUUCUACUUCUGCGAUAAUUCAAAAGCAGACGAUUGCGUACCACUCUUCUUUCUCUCUGUUAAGGUAUCAUCUGGAACAGAUGUAUGGCCCACUUGAAGAAACUUUAGAUGACGAUAACAUUUUGGAUAAUAUUAAAGUGAGACAUAUUAGCAAAAAUCAAGUUCAACUUGAAUGGCUGGGUACUUCCAUGAAUGAUAAUAUUGCAGAUUCUGUACUAGCAAUCUUGCUGAACAUUGAAAGCAGUCCAGCAUCCGUAAAAAUUACGAAACAUUCACACGUGGUCGAAAGCUCUAAUAAUCCUAUGAAGACUGGUGAUCAGAUGGAAAUAGAUAUGGAAACUAAGAAUACAUCAACAUCAUUACGAGAAGCUACUGAAAAUUAUUUAAGGAAACAAUUCGGUGAAAUAUAUAGUAAGGACGACUCCGAAGAUGAAAUUAUCAUUAAAAUGGAUGAUCGUAUUGCAGAAGUCAAUCUUAGCACUUUAGAAGUCAAUACAGAUGAUGAUAUGUUAAGAAACAGAAUAACCACAAUUCUACCUCGUAUUACCAAACUUUUAAAUCCCUUGGAAUUUUGUCCCGAAUAUUAA